AUGUCUUGGCUUACGAAGGUCACUGAUCUGGCCGGGAAAGCUGAGGAGAUGCUUAAUAAAAUCGAUAAAACAACUGGAACGGUCAUUCAGCAACAACGGGUACGAUCCUCAACUCCAAGUUUUGGUAGAAGCACCUCUUUUGCACAAAUUGACGAAACUCCUGAUGUACAUACCGAAGAGAUUGGGCGCAAUGGCCCCUCUCUACCAUCCCGAGCCCAUUCAGAAUUUGCAGGAGAGAAGAAAUAUAAGAAGAAGCUUCUUAAUGAAGGAUUUGCUCCUAGUACUUCGGUCACAAUUGAAACUGAGAAUUUCGAUGACCUAAUGAAAAUACUGAAUGAUGAUGGCCCUGCUAAAGUUAAUCAAGAAGGUAAUCGUAGUCGAAGAUCUAGUGUGAGAAGCGUCGUUUCAACAGCACAGAGUGAAAAUAAUGAAGCUGUUAUGUCCAAGCUUUGGGCCAAAGACUCGCAAAUCACAACGUUACGGUCCAAGUUAACUGAUAUUGAGAGGAAGCUGGAAAAGGCUCAAAAAGACUAUUAUGAUAUGAAAGCUGAACGAGACAUGCUUCAAAACAGAGUAACCAGUGAAACUUCCUUUGAGAAUGUAGAAGAAUUGAAACUGGCUAGAAAAAAAGUACAGGAACAGAAAGAUAUUCUUCAGGAUGAAUGUAAUCAAGCUAAACGAAGAAUCAAUCUUUUGGAAGAAGAAACACGAGCACUGAGUGACCAGCUACGACUUGCCAAAUUCAACUUAAAUGAGAAUAAGAAGGAGUUCGAUGAAUAUAAAGAAAAAGCCCAGAAGAUUCUUCAAUCGAAGGAAAGAUUAGUCGAAUCUCUGAAAGGAGAGAAUUCUAGUAACACAGGAGAUAGACCAGCUCACCUUCUUCAAGCUGAGCUAGAAGAAAUGAAAGUUGAAAGAGAUUUAGCUAGAGCCGAUCUAGAAGCAGCUCAAUUACAGCUGUACAAUCUUCGGUCAGAUAUGGAAGAACUGGAGAAUCAGUUGCGUGAGGAGAAAUUCCAACAAAGUGAACUUCGCCGUCAACAUUUAGAUGAACGACACUCAUGGCAAUCGUCUCUCAGCUUGAUGAAUGAAAAAAUCGACUGCUCCAAGAUAGAAAACGAUUUCGCGAAACAGGAAAUGAAACGGCUAAACGAUGAUUUUACACAGAAACUUGAGCAGAAAGAAGCUGAGGUGCGUAGAUUGAUCGAACAGAAUCGAUCCAGUCGGCGGAAUGACAACAACUUCCAACCCGUUGACAGUUCUUUGAGCGAAAAGCUGUUGAUGAAACAAGCAGAACUGGAAGAUUCUCAACGAAACAAUCAAAUUUUAUCACUUCGCUUAGAACGUCUACAGAGUUCUGUUAAAGAAGUUGUGAUACCUAUGGAACCAGCUCCAGCAGCCUUCCCUGUACAGAACCCGACAGCACGAAAUGCUAUAGGCUAUCCAGCAUCUCGAUUAUUUGUUUUCAUGUAUCUUUUACUAUUUCAUUUAUGGGUCUUCUUCAUAAUUCUCACAUAUACUCCUGAAACACACGAUAUUAAUCCAACACUAAAUGUAUCAGAUAGUUGA